CGACGCCUCCUGUCUUGUCGACAACCCAACCCCACAAACAUCACGAACAAUGGCCGAUUCAAACGAUGGACCUGCGGCGCCCGUCGCCCUCUUCAAAAAGAGAGGCGCAAAGGGAAAAGCGAACCUGCGCAAGCGACCUGCGACGCCACCACCCGCCGAUAGCGACGACAGCGACUUCUCAUCCUCCGAGGACGAGGCCGGACAGCGUAUCAAGCGGCGCAAGAAGAUGGCCACCGUUACGGCUUCAUCAAAAAACAAUGUUACCGGUAGCAAGGAUCUGUCGGCUACGGUCCAUGCCGCAGACCGCAACAUUCUCAUUACCAGCGUCAACGACGCCACCAAGCAGAGCAAUUGGUACGACGAGGGCUCAAAGGAUGCGUUGUCGGCAAAGAGCCUCCUUGGAUCGACGCGGACAGUCGCAAAUGACUCCCAACCCGAUGGAACAUACAAGGGUCUUGCGAACCAGACGUCCUUUAUCCAGAAGAACCCCGAUGCCCCCAACAGGAGCGUUGGACCCGUCAAGGCACCCACCAACAUCAGAACCAUUACCAUUAUGGAUUACGCACCCGACGUCUGCAAAGACUACAAGCAAACUGGCUGGUGUGGAUUCGGCGAUGCGUGCAUCUUCCUUCACGAUCGAAGCGACCACAAGCUCGGAUGGCAACUCGACCGCGAGUGGGAGAGUGUUACCAAGGGCAAGAAGAAUCUCGGAGGCACGGUGGUGGCCAGUGCGAACCGCGACCAGAAGGCGGAUGCCCAGGACGACGAAGACGAGGCAAUGCUGGAAAAGAUUCCGUUCGCAUGCAUCAUCUGCAAGGAGCCCUACCGCGAACCCAUCGUCACCCGGUGCGGCCACUACUUUUGCGAGCCGUGCGCGCUGAAGCGGUAUAGGAAGGAUCCGACAUGUGCGGCGUGCGGAGUCGGGACGAAUGGAGUGUUCAACUCGGCGAAGAGGCUGAAAAAGUUGCUGGAAAGAAAACGAGAGCGGGCGGCCAAGAAGAGACAGGCGGCGCUGGAGGCCGGGGAGGAUGUGGACGAGGAAGCGGAAGAAAAAUGAUGAGUCUUGUACAACAGAGCGAUGACUCCUUGCACCAAACUAGAGCGGAGGAACAAAUGAUACCAUGUCUUGAUUUAUUCUACAAUCACCUGCAGACCCAAGAUGCCUCGUGACCCGAUCGCAGCCCAAUGUUGCGCAGAAACAAAG